GCCCGCGCCCUUUCCUGGGCCAGAUUCUGCAGGUUCACUGGGUGGGCAUGAUCGGCGGGCAAGGUUGCAAGCCUCCUAUGUAAGGAGCUAAAGGGGAAAUAAAAUAUACAGGAUGAAAAGAUGGCGAUGUUGCCUCCCCCAGGACCACAGAGCUUUGUCCACUUCACAAAGCAGUCUCUUGCCCUCAUUGAACAACGCAUUGCUGAAGGAAAAACAAAGGAGCCCAAAGAAGAAAAGAAGGAUGAUGAGGAAGAAGGCCCAAAGCCAAGCAGUGACUUGGAAGCUGGCAAACCACUGCCUUUCAUCUAUGGAGACAUUCCUCCCGGCAUGGUGUCGGAGCCCCUGGAGGACCUGGACCCAUACUAUGCAGACAAAAAAACUUUCAUAGUAUUGAACAAAGGAAAAACAAUCUUCCGUUUCAAUGCCACACCUGCUUUGUACAUUUUAUCUCCUUUUAGUCCUCUAAGAAGAAUAUCUAUUAAGAUUUUAGUACACUCCUUAUUCAGCAUGCUUAUCAUGUGCACUAUUCUGACGAACUGCAUAUUUAUGACCCUGAGUAACCCUCCUGAUUGGACCAAGAAUGUAGAGUACACUUUUACUGGAAUAUAUACUUUUGAAUCACUUGUAAAAAUCCUUGCUAGAGGCUUCUGUGUAGGAGAUUUCACCUUCCUUCGUGACCCGUGGAACUGGCUCGAUUUUGUCGUCAUUGUUUUUGCGUAUUUAACAGAAUUUGUAAGCCUAGGCAAUGUUUCAGCUCUUCGAACUUUCAGAGUAUUGAGAGCUUUGAAAACUAUUUCUGUAAUUCCAGGCUUGAAGACCAUUGUAGGGGCGCUGAUCCAGUCAGUGAAGAAGCUCUCAGAUGUCAUGAUCUUGACUGUGUUCUGUCUGAGUGUGUUUGCUCUAAUUGGGCUCCAGCUGUUCAUGGGCAACCUAAGGAAUAAAUGUUUUCGAAGUCCAUCAGAAAAUAAUGAAACAUUCGAAAGCAUACUGAAAACCUUGGAGACUGAAGAAGACUAUAGAAAAUAUUUUUAUUACUUGGAAGGAUCCAAAGAUGCUCUCCUUUGUGGUUUAAGCGGAGAUUCAGGUCAGUGUCCAGAAGGGUACAUCUGUGUGAAAGGUGGCAGAAACCCCAAUUAUGGCUACACAAGCUUUGAUACUUUCAGUUGGGCCUUCUUAGCCUUGUUUCGGUUAAUGACCCAGGAUUACUGGGAAAACCUUUACCAACAGACACUGCGUGCUGCUGGGAAAACCUACAUGAUCUUCUUUGUUGUGGUGAUUUUUCUGGGCUCCUUUUAUCUCAUAAACUUGAUCCUGGCUGUGGUUGCCAUGGCCUAUGAAGAACAGAACCAAGCAAACAUUGAAGAAGCUAGGCAGAAAGAGUUAGAAUUUCAACAGAUGUUAGACCGACUUAAAAAAGAGCAAGAAGAAGCUGAGGCAAUAGCAGCAGCAGCAGCUGAAUAUACAAGUAUUGGGAGAAGCAGAAUUAUGGGCCUCUCAGAGAGUUCUUCUGAAACAUCCAAACUGAGCUCUAAGAGUGCUAAAGAAAGAAGAAACAGGAGAAAGAAAAAGAAUCAAAAGAAGCUGUCCAGAGGGGAAGAAAAGGGAGAUGAUGAAAAAUUGUCCAAAUCUGAAUCUGAAGAAAGUGUCAGGAGAAAAAGUGUCCACCUUGGUGUGGAAGGGCCUAGGCGAGCGCGUGAAAAGAGAUUAUCUACCCCCAAUCAGUCACCACUCAGCAUUCGUGGCUCCUUGUUUUUUACAAGGCGCAGCAGCAGAACAAGUCUUUUUAGUUUCAAGGUUCGAGGAAAAGAUAUAGGAUCUGAGACUGACUUUGCCGACGACGAGCACAGCAUUUUCGGAGACAACGAAAGCAGAAGGGGCUCACUGUUCGUGCCCCACAGACCAAGGGAGCGGCGCAGCAGUAACAUCAGUCAAGCCAGUAGGUCCGCCUCAAUGCUGCCGGUGAACGGGAAGAUGCACAGUGCCGUGGACUGCAAUGGUGUGGUCUCCCUGGUUGAUGGACCCUCAGCCCUCAUGCUUCCCAAUGGACAGCUUCUGCCAGAGGUGAUCAUAGAUAAGGCAACUUCUGAUGAGAGCGGUACAACCAAUCAAAUGCACAAGAAAAGACGAUCCAGUUCUUAUCUCCUUUCUGAGGAUAUGUUGAAUGAUCCCCAUCUCAGACAAAGAGCAAUGAGUAGAGCGAGCAUAUUAACAAACACUGUGGAAGAACUUGAAGAGUCCAGACAAAAAUGCCCACCUUGGUGGUACAGAUUUGCACACACUUUCUUGAUCUGGAAUUGUUCUCCAUAUUGGAUAAAAUUUAAAAAGUUGAUCUAUUUUAUUGUAAUGGAUCCUUUUGUAGAUCUUGCUAUAACUAUUUGCAUAGUUUUGAACACAUUAUUUAUGGCUAUGGAGCAUCACCCAAUGACUGAAGAAUUCAAAAACGUGCUCACUGUGGGAAAUUUGGUCUUUACUGGGAUCUUUGCAGCUGAAAUGGUUCUCAAACUAAUUGCCAUGGAUCCAUAUGAAUAUUUCCAAGUAGGCUGGAAUAUUUUUGACAGCCUUAUUGUGACUUUAAGUUUAGUGGAGCUUUUUCUAGCAGAUGUGGAAGGAUUGUCAGUUCUGCGAUCAUUCAGAUUGCUCCGAGUUUUCAAGUUGGCAAAAUCCUGGCCAACAUUGAACAUGCUCAUAAAGAUCAUUGGUAACUCAGUGGGGGCUCUCGGUAACCUCACCUUGGUAUUGGCCAUCAUCGUCUUCAUUUUUGCCGUGGUCGGCAUGCAGCUCUUUGGUAAGAGCUACAAAGAAUGUGUCUGCAAGAUCUCCAGUGACUGUACGCUCCCACGCUGGCACAUGAAUGACUUCUUCCACUCCUUCCUAAUUGUGUUCCGCGUGCUGUGUGGGGAGUGGAUAGAGACCAUGUGGGACUGUAUGGAGGUCGCUGGCCAAACCAUGUGCCUCAUUGUUUACAUGAUGGUGAUGGUGAUUGGAAACCUAGUGGUCCUGAACCUAUUUCUGGCUUUAUUAUUGAGCUCAUUUAGCUCAGACAAUCUUACAGCAAUUGAGGAAGACACAGAUGCAAACAACCUCCAGAUUGCAGUGGCCAGGAUUAAGAAGGGAAUAAAUUAUGUGAAACAAAUCUUACGUGAGUUUAUUCUAAAAAUGUUUUCCAAAAAGCCAAAGAUUUCCAAGGACAUAAAACAAACAGAAAAUCUAAAUGGUAAAAGGGAAAACUAUAUUUCUAAUCGUACACUUGCUGAAAUGAGCAAAGAUCUCAAUUUCCACAAAGAAAAAGAUAAGGCCAGUGGUUUUGGAAGCAGCGUGGAUAAAUACCUGAUGGAAGAAAGUGACUAUCAAUCAUUUAUUCAUAACCCCAGCCUCACAGUGACGGUGCCAAUUGCACCUGGGGAAUCUGAUUUGGAAAAUAUAAAUACUGAAGAACUUAGCAGUGAUUCAGAGAGUGAAUACAGCAAAGGGAGAUUGAACCAAUCGAGUUCGUCUGAGUGCAGCACAGUUGAUAACCCAGUGCCAGGAGAAGGAGAAGAAGCAGAGGCUGAACCCAUAAAUUCAGACGAGCCAGAGGCCUGUUUCACAGAUGUUUGCUACACUAUAAAGCAAGUCCCUGAGUGGUUAAAUAUUAUACGAAAGGCCUUUGAAGAUAUAUAUAUUGAACGGAAAAAGAACAUUAAGAUUAUUCUGGAGUAUGCUGACAAGAUAUUCACUUAUGUCUUCAUUCUGGAAAUGGUUCUAAAAUGGGUAGCAUAUGGUUACAAAACUUACUUCACCAAUGCCUGGUGUUGGCUGGAUUUCUUAAUUGUUGAUGUUUCUUUGGUUACUUUAGUAGCAAACACUCUCGGCUACUCAGAUCUUGGCCCCAUUAAAUCUCUCCGGACACUGAGAGCCUUAAGACCUCUAAGAGCAUUAUCCAGAUUUGAAGGAAUGAAGGUGGUUGUGAAUGCACUCAUUGGAGCAAUUCCUUCCAUCAUGAAUGUAUUACUUGUAUGUCUUAUAUUCUGGCUAAUAUUUAGCAUCAUGGGAGUAAAUUUGUUUGCUGGCAAGUUCUAUGAGUGUGUUAACACCACAGAUGGGUCACGGUUUCUUCCAAGUCAAGUUCAAAACCGUUCCGAGUGUUUUGCCCUUAUGAAUGUGAGUCAGAAUGUGCGAUGGAAAAACCUGAAAGUGAACUUCGAUAAUGUCGGACUUGGUUACCUGUCUCUGCUUCAAGUUGCAACAUUUAAGGGAUGGAUGGAUAUCAUGUAUGCAGCCGUUGACUCCGUUAAUGUAGAUGAGCAGCCCAAGUAUGAAUACAGCCUCUACAUGUAUAUUUAUUUUGUCAUCUUUAUCAUCUUUGGGUCAUUCUUCACUUUGAACCUGUUCAUUGGUGUCAUCAUAGAUAAUUUCAACCAACAGAAAAAGAAGCUUGGAGGUCAAGACAUCUUUAUGACAGAAGAACAGAAGAAGUACUAUAAUGCAAUGAAAAAGCUGGGAUCCAAGAAACCACAAAAGCCAAUUCCUCGGCCAGGGAACAAAAUCCAAGGAUGUAUAUUUGACCUAGUAACAAACCAAGCUUUCGAUAUCACCAUCAUGGUUCUUAUCUGUCUUAACAUGGUAACCAUGAUGGUAGAAAAAGAGGGCCAGAGUGAAUACAUGUCUCAUGUUUUAUCUUGGAUAAAUGUGGUUUUCAUUAUCCUUUUCACUGGAGAAUGUGUACUGAAGCUGAUCUCCCUCAGACACUACUACUUCACUGUAGGAUGGAACAUUUUUGAUUUUGUGGUUGUGAUUCUCUCCAUUGUAGGAAUGUUUCUAGCUGAACUGAUAGAAAAAUAUUUUGUGUCCCCUACCCUGUUCCGAGUGAUCCGUCUUGCCAGGAUUGGCCGAAUCCUGCGUCUGAUCAAAGGGGCAAAGGGGAUCCGCACACUGCUCUUUGCUUUGAUGAUGUCCCUUCCUGCGUUGUUUAACAUCGGCCUCCUGCUCUUCCUGGUCAUGUUCAUCUACGCCAUCUUUGGAAUGUCCAACUUUGCCUAUGUUAAAAAGGAAGCUGGUAUUAAUGACAUGUUCAACUUUGAGACAUUUGGCAACAGCAUGAUUUGCCUGUUCCAAAUUACCACCUCUGCUGGCUGGGAUGGAUUACUAGCACCUAUUCUCAACAGCGCACCACCAGACUGUGAUCCAAAAAAAGUUCAUCCUGGAAGUUCAGCUGAAGGAGACUGUGGUAGCCCCUCUGUUGGAAUAUUCUAUUUUGUCAGUUAUAUCAUCAUAUCUUUCCUGGUUGUGGUGAACAUGUACAUCGCUGUCAUCCUGGAGAACUUCAGUGUUGCUACUGAAGAAAGUACUGAGCCCCUGAGUGAGGAUGACUUCGAGAUGUUUUAUGAGGUUUGGGAGAAAUUUGAUCCAGAUGCAACCCAGUUUAUAGAAUAUAGCAAACUCUCUGACUUUGCAGCUGCCCUGGAUCCUCCUCUUCUCAUAGCAAAACCGAACAAAGUCCAGCUCAUUGCCAUGGAUCUGCCCAUGGUCAGUGGUGACCGGAUCCAUUGUCUUGACAUUUUAUUUGCUUUUACAAAGCGUGUUUUGGGUGAAGGUGGAGAGAUGGAUUCUCUUCGUUCACAAAUGGAAGAAAGGUUCAUGUCUGCAAAUCCUUCUAAAGUGUCCUAUGAACCCAUUACAACUACGCUAAAACGAAAACAAGAGGAUGUAUCUGCUACUGUCAUUCAGCGUGCUUACAGACGUUACCGCUUACAGCAAAAUGUAAAAAAUAUAUCAAGUAUACAUAUAAAAGAUGGAGACAAAGAUGAUGAUUUGCCCAAUAAAGGAGAUAUGGUUUUUGAUAAUGUUAAUGAAAACUCAAGUCCAGAGAAAACAGAUGUGACCCCAUCUACCAUCUCUCCACCUUCAUAUGAUAGUGUAACAAAGCCAGACAAAGAGAAAUAUGAAAAAGACAAAACAGAAAAGGAAGACCAAGGGAAAGAUGGCAAAGAAAGCAAAAAAUAGAGCUUCAUUUUUGGUAUAUUGUUUACAGCCUGUGAAGGUGAUCUAUUUGUGUUAAUAAGACUCUUUUAAGGAGGUCUAUGCCAAACUUUUUACCAAAAUACUUCAAAGUCAGAGCAGUUACUAGCUCUUAUUCCCUAAGAUAGGUGGGCAGCACUG